CUUAGUUGUUAAAUUUUUUACAAUAAAUUGAAAAUAACAAGCACUAACUUUUUUGUAAUCAAUUUUUCGCAGAUCUUUUUCUACUCACAAUCAAAUACAAUAAAAUAAUUUUAAUUUACAAUUCAGGUAAAAUGUCAUCAAUAAAAUGUAUCACAUUAGAAGAAGAAAUGAAGAGGAAUCCUCAAUUGAAGUUAUCCGAUAUACAAUUACUGAGAGAGUGGUGCAAAAAACAACCGCACUUACCAAAAGUUGAGGAUACCUUUUUUGCCUUGUGUCUUCACAGAAAUAAUUAUCAAAUGGAACCAACAAAAAACACAAUUGAGAAUUAUUUCACGACCAGGACGCACUUACCAGAAUUUUUUUGCAAUCGAGACCCGCUCGGCGAAAAAAGAAUACGACAAGCUUCCAAAGCCAUGACAUAUUUUCCUCUGGAAGAAAUAACGAAAGAUGGAUAUAAAAAAGUAUAUGGAACAUAUUUAGAAGAUCCUACUCUCUAUGAUUUUAAUGACACUUCCAAAUAUUACCUGAUGUUAACCGACAUUUAUUUUUUGGUGGAUGGUACUACGAACGGACAUAUAUUCUUCUUCGACGCUAGCAAUUUAUCCUUUGGUCAUUUUACACGAAUGAAUCCAUUCGGAUUCAAGAAAUAUUUAUAUUAUCUCCAAGAGGCAGCACCAUUUCAUAUAAAGGAAAUUCAUAUCAUAAACACAUCAUCCGUUCUCGAAUUGGUACUGAACAUGAUAAAACCUUUCAUGAAAAAGGAACUGCUAGACGUAAUGUAUUUUCAUUCAUCGUUAGAGGACGUUUCCAAAUACAUCUCAGUGGACAAGUUGCCGAACGAAGCGGGUGGAAAGGCGGGUUCGAUACGUGAAUUGACUGAACUACAAAUGAAGAUGCUCGAGGAGUAUCGUGAAUGGUUUCUGCUGGACGAAACAACCAGACGUGUAGACGAAACAAAGAGAAUUGGCAAGAGCAAAUCAGCCAAUGAGUUGUUUGGUGUUGAGGUAGUUGGAAAACUCGAUAUAGAUUAAAAAAGAUUUAUAAUCCCAUCUUGGGCAAUUUCUUUUAAUAUUAUUUUGUUCUUUGCACUUUAUAAUAUUUUAUAUAAUCGUUGAGUCGUGCGUCUAUCGGAGUUAAAAAAAUUUUUUAUGCAGCCUGUCGUAAUUAAUAAUGUCUAUUUAAUUUACUGUAUAAUUUAAUUAUAAAUA